UCUCGAAGUGGUAUCAGGUGUUCUAGAAGUGGUAUCAGGUGUUCUAGAAGUGGUAUCGGGUGUUCUAGAUUAGAAGUGGUAUCAGGUGUUCUAGAUUAGAAGUGAUGUCGGGUGUUCUAGAAGUGGUAUCGGAUGGUCAAAGGUCUUAAAUUAAUAUAUGUAACAGAUAAGUGCGUAACAGAUGACAGUGUAACAGAUGACAGUGUAACAGAUGACUUUGUAUCAUACUGGAUUGCAAAGGAAUUUUGUAUAUUUCUUGUUUACAGCUCUGUAACAUUGGUGUAUUUUGUAUAAUAUAACCGAGAACAGUAAAUCUAUAACAAUGUCAGUGGACGUAGUCGCCAUUAUAAACAGGACAGAUUUCAUGAACGCCACUUAUGAAAGCAGAAAGCAUUAUGAAGACGCACUACGCAAUUGGACCAUGGAUAUCAAGGCACGACCAGCCAUGGACAGUGUUGACGAAUUCUGCAGGAUUUUUAGAGCUUUAACGGCUAAAAUCUGUACAACUGACUUUCAGAAUGAGGUGGGCGCCAAAAUGGUUUCAGUCCUGAUAAAACGCAUGUCCUAUGAGUGGAGUGAUGUUAUGUUCGAGAAUCACUUGGUACCUCUACAGGAGCUUGUUAUACAGUUUUAUAUUGAUGUAUUAAAACUCGGACCACGAGAGGCCCAUGUUUGUGUUGUAAGGUCAAUGUUAGAGCCACUUUAUAGCUACUUGGAGAAAUGUUCAGUUGAGAAAUGGAAAGAAUUAUUAAACCUGUUUAGAGAAGUUUUCAAAUCGUCACCAGCUGAAGAGUUUGCUAAACAUUUGUCAGAUCUUUUUGAAAUUCUUGUCGAAGCCAAGUCCGAGAAGAAGGAGAAUUUACAAACAAAAUUUGCUGAGCUAUAUCUUUUUUUUGAACUAAAUUUCCUGAAGGAAGAGAAAAAGGUCUAUGAUAUGUAUCACAGUCUUGGUGUUAAAAUAUGCUAUAAAUAUGAUAGAAGUGUUUUUAAGGUCGCAAAAGACGCAGAGUUUUACAGAAGUUGUCUGAAAUACUUUAUUGCUAUUUUAAGCGACCCAGGUGGUCCGUAUGAAGAGGAUAAAAUCAAGCAAAUCACCUCUAUAUUUGACAAGCUUAAAUCGGGUUUACAGGACAGUAAUAUGUUUGAAGACAUCUGUGAAGAUACGAUAGAUUUUGUUUUAAUAUUAAGUAAAAAGACAGACGGACCGGAAGCUGAUAAAGUUGUAGAAGGAAUGGGUUAUUAUUAUUCCCGUAUAAAAGCUGAUACAAUUAAGGGCAAAAGCGCCAUAUUUGAUAAAUUUGCUCCAAAAUUUCUUGAGUUCUUGGAAACAGCUGAAAAUGAUGUUUAUUGUAGUAAAAAAAUGGUGGAAUCGGUUCUUGAUAAUAUACUUAAUCCUACCAUGAACAAUACUAAAGAACAUAUAAGAUUAUGGUUGAAAAUUAUUAAAGCUGGUCUCCAUAGAAAUAAGUCAGUAAAAGAUAUUGCACAUGCCCUUAAAAAUAAAGAAAAGGUUUUAAAAUGGAAGGAUUUGAAAACUGAAGCUAAAGAAUUUUGUGAUGUUUUCUUCAAGAGACGAUAUUAUGUGAAGGGUGAUGGUUGGGAUGAGAGAGAUAUAACAGACGGUUUUAAUAGUAUAUUAGAGGAAUUAUUGAAGGGUUUUAAAAAAGGAAAAAUAUUAAAAUGGUUUUUACCGGAAGUAGUGGAUUAUACACUAGCAAUAUUAGAAGAUAAAUGUGUUGGAUUAUUUGAAUGUGCUCACACAGCUGCAAGUGAAUGUGGUGAUGUUAAUAUUAAGGAACAUCGCCAGUUAAUAUUUGAUUCGCUGAUAAGAAUUGAGGCCAUCAUGAAAAUGGAAGAUUUUCCAUGGGAGAAUUGGAAAUCUGGACGAGCUUUAACAGGACUUUCAGAACAUUUAAUAAGAGGCCUUGGGGACGGCAAAGGUCUCAAUGAGAAGGAAAAGGAGAUUUUGGCGUCGAUAACUCUGACUAAUUUUCAACAAGAUUUUAUAGAUCCCGAGAAGAAUGAACCUGGUGGGGUACAUUGUGAUUUCUUCUUCUCAUUAUCCGAUAACCUGAUGAAAUUGUUGUUGAACACCGGUCAAUUAGCCAAAGAAGAUAAAAUAAUUGAACUAUUUUUAGACAUUUUAAAACGCGAGGAAGAAGAUAUUUAUACGCGAGCUGGUUAUACAUUUCAAACAUUAGGGGCUAAAUCAGCCCCAAUAUUCGCACCGUAUCUUGAUAAGUUAUUAGAUGCGUUCUUCGAGAAUGAACAAUAUUCUAUUUUAUCAAUUUUACCAACGGCCUAUCAAGAAAACCCGAAACCCAUGAAAGAUUAUUUUCAGCGAUUAUUUGAGUACGUCGAAUCAUCAGAUAGCGGUGUGCUUUCUUAUUUGAUACAGUUACUACCACAUAUUGCUAAAAAGCAACCAGAGUUAUUUACAGAAGAUAAUAUAGAGAUGUAUGUGGAAGCUAUGUAUAAUGGUGAACCGACUCUUCAGUCUCUGUUUUUAAUGUCACUUGAACCCCUGGCAUCUAAACGACCAUCUUUAUUCAAGAAUCAGAUUGAUAAAUUCCUGGAACGUCCAUAUAAUGAAUAUGCCUAUUAUUAUCUAUUUAAAGUUCUUGGUAUUUUAUCUGCCAAAUAUGAUCAGAAAGUAGCAGAAAAAAUUCUGAAUUUUUUCCUGAAAUUUUUGAAAGGUAGUGAGGAUACGUCUAAGAAGGUGACGGUAGUUAUUGAAAUGAAGGGAUUGGUUUUACCACAUAGAACUUUAAUAGAGAAACAUCGAGCGUUUAUAGAAAAAUUGAGUACAACGGGUACUGAUCAAAACUUCAAGGAUCAGGCUAAAACAAUUAUAGAUUUACUGGAAGGUAGAAGUUUAGAGACAUUAGCUGAUGAUAUUGAUCUACAACAAGGUGAGAUAUAUAACCUAGAUACACGAGUUACAUCUAACGAGAAUAAUAUCAACCAAGUUACGGAGGAAGUUGGACGUCACAGCGAACAGAUUACAGAAAUAAGAUAUGAUGUAGACGAACAGGGUAAUAGAAUAAACGAACUUGGUGAAGUGGUGGACGAAACGGUACAAAAAGUUGAAGAAAUUGACCAAAAGACUUUAAGCCACGCCCCCUACUGGUCAAGGGAUGUUUGUAAACUAUUGAACCCUAAAACAGAAGCUGAUUGGAGAUUAUUAUCUAGUAGAUUAGGUUAUAGUAAUGAUGAUAUUAGAGGUUGGAGUCAACAAGCUGAUCCCUGUAUGGCCAUGUUAAAUGAAUGGUAUGCCACUCAUAAAACAAGUGAAGCCACAUUUGGUGUUUUUACAGCUCUACAAGAAAUCAAUCGACUUGAUGCUGCUGUUAUUGUAGAAAAUGCUAUGAAAGCUGCUGAACAAGUUGUUGAACAUGAAGAAUUUGAAUAUUCCACCCCACCUCCGAUAUUUCUGAGUUAUCAAUGGGGUCACCAACAAGAGGUCAAACUAUUACGUCAGCACCUAGAAAUGGCUGGCUAUGAUUGUUGGAUGGAUAUUGGACAAAUGGGAGGAGGUGAUAAACUAUUUGAAAAAAUUGAUCAAGGCAUCCGAGCUGCUAAAGUUAUUAUCAGCUGUACGACAGAAAAAUAUGCCAAAUCACCGAAUUGUAAUAGAGAGGUGAAUCUGGCUGUGAAUUUAAAGAAAUCAAUCAUACCAUUAAAAUUUGACAGUUGUCCGUGGCCACCACCAGGGUCGAUGGGACCUAUUUUCAGUGAAUAUCUGUUUAUAAUGUUCUACCAAAGAAAGAAAGAAGAAGAGACGAAUGAUGAACGAUUCUGGCCAGUACCCAAGUUUCAGGAAUUGUUGAUGCAGCUGAGUAUGAACGGCGUAGUGCCGGAUGAAUCCAAAGUUCAUAAAAUGUAUAAAAAAUGGUGGAUGCCUUUAGUGGAGGAAAUUAAAAUAGAUAAAUCUAAAACCAUUGGUGGAGGAAAAAAUCAAAAUAACGAAAAUAAAUCAACCACAACCUAUAAUCAACAGGUUGACAAAUCCCCGGAUGUAUUUAUAUCUUAUCAAUGGGGUAAACAAAAGAAUAUUAUGUUAUUGUAUAAAAGAUUAACAGAGUUAGGAUAUCAGUGUUGGAUGGAUAUUUAUCAGAUGGGUGGUGGUGAUUCGCUCUAUGAUAAAAUAGAUCGUGGUAUACGAGGAUGUAAAGUCGUCGUAUCUUGUAUCACAGAAAAAUAUUCACUUUCAGCCAACUGUCGACGAGAAGUUAGUUUAUGCGAUGCGCUAAAACGUCCAAUUAUACCGAUUCUCUUAGAAAAUACCACGUGGCCACCUAGAGGUCCAAUGAGCAUGGCGUUUACAGAACUCUUAUACAUUGAUUUUCAUUCGGAUCCUGAUGUUCAGGAAAAAUGGUCGGGUCCGAAAUUUGAGGAGUUGAGAUCUAAGAUUCGAGAGAUCCUGCCGUCUGUUGACGAAGGUGUAAAUGAAUCUGACGAUUCUGAACAAAAUGUCAAUAAAAACGGAAACUUGAUUACAAAAAAAGACAUACAGUCGGAAACGCAAAAAGGUGAUGUUACCAAAACAACUACGUCAAGUUUUGUCAAAUCAUCCAAAGCCAAUUCUGUGACGAAACCCGUUCAGACACGUGUCAAACGUUACACCCCGCCUAAUGAAAAUAACCAUGAUAAAACCAAACCCGCUGAUAAACAAAUCGACAACAGGGAUAGAACCAAACCCGCUGAUAAAAAAAUCGACAACAGGGAUAGAACCAAACCCGCUGAUAAACAAAUCGAAAACGACGAUAAAAUCAAAACCGGUGAUAAACAAAUCGAGAACGAGGAUGAAUCCAAACCUCAAACGCAAGUACCUCCUGCCGAGAAAACAGAGCCGUCCAAAGAAUCCGAAAAGAAUCCAAAGAAUCCUCCUGCACAGAAAACAGAGCCGUCCAAAGAAUCCGAAAAAACAGAUCUAAAUCCGAUACCCGUAUCACCGAAACCAAAAAAUACCACAUCUAAAUCAUGUAUUUUGUUAUGAAAAUGUGUAUCAGUUUUGUUAAGAAAGAUCGAAUUGUAAGUUGUUUUAAACAAAAGCUUUACAAAUAGUUUUAAGCUGAUCGUCAACAGCGAUAGAUGUUUCUUUAAACGACAUUCGGUCCGUUUUUGUGUUAGCAAAGAUAGAAUUGUGAUAGAUGGAGAUAUAUUGUGAUAGAUUAGCUAAAUUUAUUUUAGUAGUGGAUGCUUUCUUAUGCUACAUUCAGUCUAUUAUGACAAUUCGUCCAUUUAUUUUGUUGUUGUUUUUUUAUUAUUUCUGAAUAAAUAUUAAGCUGUGAUAUAGAAUGAUAAUAUGGCCUAAACCUAUUCUGCGGAUGUUUCAUAAAUUAAAUUUAUGCUACUGAUGUUAAACAGCAACCGAUAUUUUUGUAUGACAACUUUCGGUAAAUUAAUUUUAUUAUGCAACUGUGUUCGUGUAGAUGAUGAUAUAUUGACUGUUUUAGCUUCAAUCAUUAUACUAAUCUAUCAGAACUGAUGCUUUUUAUACGACAAGUUUCAGAUUGUUAUGUACAUUUAUUCGUUUUUUGAGGGGGAUUGGGUGGCCGAAUGGUUAGCGUACAAACAAUGACACAAUUUGCCUCGUACGGUCUACUUUGAUGGGGGGUUGGAUGGCCGAAUGGUUAGCACGUGUGCGCUGUAUCAUUAGGUCUGUCAUUGAGUCCGCUGGCGUGGUUUCGAUUACCCGGUUGAACAUGACAAGGAGUAGGGUCGCCUGUCCAACCUCGUGGGGUUUUCUCCGGGUCCUCCGGUUUCCUUCCACUGGUAAAGACCUCUACGCGCAAGCGUCUUAUUGAAAUGAAAUUGAACCAUGUGUUAGUCCCGAAAUGACCUAGUUUGUGUCGAGUGGACGUUAAGCUCUCUCUCUCUCUCUCUCUCUCUCUCUCUCUCUCUCUCUCUCGCCCAUUACAUUUAGUUAAUGAAUCUAGACCUCGAGCCUGUUAUGACAAAACAUAAAUAAUUUGUAUUGUUAAGCACGUCAUUUAUCAAAAAAUCAAAUAUGUAAUUAUAUAAUCCACUUUCCUGCUGUUGAAAGAGGCUUGAGGAAUAUAUAAUACCCAGUUACACGGACAAUAGAACUACAGAACUCGGUGACAUUCACAACCUUAAAAGGACAACAUCACUAUAAAACGCGGUGACAUUUGCAACCUUAAAGGGACAAUAGGACUAUAAAACUCUGUGACAGUCGCAACCUUAAAGGGACAAUAGGACUUUAAGACUCGGUGACAGUAGCAACCUUAAAGAGACAAUAGGACUACAGAACUCACAAUAAAUAAAACUCGGUAACAGUUGAAACCUUAAAGGGACAAUAGGACUAUGAAAUUCGGUGACAGUAGCAAUUUUAAAGGGACAAUAGGACUAAGGAACUCACAAUAAAUAAAACUCUAUGACAGUUUCAACCUUAAAGAGACAAUAGGACUAUAAAACUCGAUGACAGUACCAACCUUAAAGGGACAAUAGGACUACAGAACUCACAAUAACAAUUGCAACCUUAAAUAGUCAUUAGGACUAUAUAACCCAGGGUGACAGUUGUAGCCUUAAAGGGACAUUAGGACUAUAUAACCCUUAGUGACAGUUGUAGCCUUAAAGAGUUUUAUAAUCUCACAGUUUUAUAAACUCACGGUGAUAAUUGUAGCCUUAUAUUGAUUCCAUUCAAACAAUAUAUGUAUAAAUAAUUUUAGUCUUGCAAAAAAUAAUAAAAUGUAUUAGAAAUAUCCCACGAAAAUCAAGUCCGAACACUGGCAUACUAAAAAAAUGUUUAAAACCCUAUCCAUUGCUAUCCAGUCAUCGUUUUGGGCGUGGUAUUUUGCCCUAUGUCUAUUCCCUAGUUGUAAACAGUUUUCUUCAACAACAUUGUAAUAUUUUAUAAACAUCGCCGGU